AAGAAUAUAAAAGGCAGCAGUGUAGGCUUGACCGUCCAGUGAGGAGGGUUGCUGCUGCCUCCCCCAUCAUCACACUGUUGGCUCGCAUAUCAUUUCUGAUAAUACAGUAGGAUAAAGAUGAGAGCGCUGAAGUUAGUGUUGGUGGUGGGGCUGUCAGCGGCUGUCUUGCCCUUGAUAGACGCCGCCUCACUGCUGACUGCUUUUACACGCAGUUUAGGUCCCCAGGAAGAGAUCACCUUCAGCACGGUGCCCAGCACAGACGUGAGUAAUGGCGAGUUCGAGGAGCGAGUGUACCCCAGCAAGCAGUGGGUAUGUACCAAGCAGAAUGGCGGACUUACUGAGGGCGACCAGAUUCAGGUCUUCCUUAAACUCUUCGCUUAUAUUGAUGGCGCUAACGACCAGAAUAAAGAGUUAGUGAUGGGGCUGCCGGUGUCUAUAGAGUACAGUGAUGUUGAAGGUCAGAAGGUGUACACUGCUUGUUUCUUUAUUCCUGAGGCUGACCAAGCUGCUCCUCCUGCACCUACUAACUCCCAGGUCUUCCUCACUACCCGCCCACAGAUGACCGUCCUUACCAGGCAAUUCGGUGGGUACGCAAAUGAUGAACCUACCUGGAUGACCGAGGUUCAGGCACUGACAAAGCUGGUCAACGAGGCAGGUUACCAGGUCAACCCCAACCUCAUCUACUGGAACGCCUAUGAUCCUCCGUACAAGUUCUGGGGCAGGAGGAACGAGGUGUGGCUCUUGAAACAGUAAGACUUGAUUCUUGUACUGGCUGCAUCAAGAUGAUCAAGACUUCCUCGAUCCUAUUAUUUUUAUUACAAUCAAAAUUUAGCGCGAAACCCACGAUGGUCAUCGUCAUAAAAUCAAAUUUAGCACAAGUCAUCGUUUUAAAGAUGCUUUUAGUAAAUAAUGCAAAACUAAAUAACACUGUUUGCUCUAUCAUUUUUAUAUUUAAAAAAUAAACAAUUUCUUGUC